GUCACGAGUUGGAUAGUGGACGGCCGGCGGCUCGCUCGGAAGGGGAUCGGCUGGGUCACGGCGCUGCAUGAGAGAGUGCGGAGAGGGAGAGAGAGGGGAGGAAGAGAGGUGGUGGUGGAAGUCCGAGAAAGCGAUUGGUGGAGACAGUGACAUGUCUCCGGUAAACGCCGAGUGCUGAGUGUUUCCGGGAGCCUGGAGGCGGGCAGUAGCGGUAUGCUGAUCUCUUCUCAUCUAACUGAAAACUGAGGUGACUUUUCGAGUGCUAUUUCUCAUAGAAGCCUGAUGGUAGUGCAGUGGAAGUGCUGCAGAAGUUACCGGCGUUUCUACUGUCUAUGACAGUGUUCCUUGGUCAUCUCAACAACUUCGUGAAACUUUGCACUGCAGGAGCAUUACAGUUCUCUGGUCAGAUUUGACCGUCGUCCGCCGAGUGCUCAUCCCUGCGGCUCCCCUUCCCCGUCCCCUCCCCACCGUGCCGCCGAGACGUCCUCGGGCGGGGCCGGCGCCGACGACAGGUCAGCUGAUCGGUGUCGUCGGUGGGCCUCCGGGCAGACGGAGGGUCAGUCGGCAGAGGAGACGGUCGGCCGUCGUGGCUGGGGCUGGAGUCCACCGGCUUGAUCUCAGAGACCUGCAAACUGGGCGCCCGGUUGGUGGUGAGGAAGUGCCAUUGUGAUCAGAGACUCAACUGCAAUCAUGUGCAGCCUGGUGAACCUGGUGUACCCAACAAUCGUUGGUGAUCCGUUGUGAUAUGACUUUGGUGACCCGGUGUUGACCUGCGGUCCAUUUUACCCUACCGGUGACCGACUCACUCCGUCCCAAUGGCCGUGUCUUUCGCUGCGCUGGUGUGUGCGGGUGUGAUCGCCUGUGUGGUGAUCUCCCUGCUACUGGCCGGCUGUGACCUGCGCCUGCUGACCGCCGAGCUACGGGCGGACAGCGAGGACGACUCUGGCUACGACCCGUCGGUAACCCACGACGAACCUGCGCGCCACCCGGUCCCCACCGCCACCGGGGAGCAGAGCGGCCCGGCGGCGCCGGCUGACCCCGACCAGGUCACGGCUGAGGUCAGAGGUCACCUGGAGAACGUGGUGGAGACGCUGCUCGGAGCGUCCAUCCAGAGCGCCAGCAUCCGACCCGCCGCCACCGACGCAGCGCUGUACAGAGAGUACCACCCGAAACUGGUGGCGGCCAUCAACAGACUGACCCGAUCCCUCUGCAUGACGCUGCAAAACAGGCCGCUCGAUGAGGCGUGCAGUCCGACCACCACGCUAGCCGAGCUGAAGGCGGUGAUACAGGAGGCUCAGGAGGCCAGCAUGAGGCUGCCGCUGCCGGAGGACAUGGGGUCUGACCAGGUGACCCCGGCGGAGGCCCGGGACAGUCUGACCUCCCCGGACGGCUGUGGGGAGGAGCCCAACUCACACACCUAUGAGGAGAUCCUGGCCACGGCCGUCCUCAGUCGCCUGGCAGAGAAGGCCCGCCGCACCGCCGCCGCCUCGUUCUGCGAUGCGGCCGUGCAGUCGGAUGACCUCAUACCGCCGGAGUCGUGUGACGUCAUCCGUCCUGUAGAGUGCGCCGCUGUGCGUGACGUCACCCGGCCUGUGGGCUCGGCGCCGCCGACGGGAGGGCGCGUGGACCAAUCAGAGGCCACAGACGGCGAGGAGGGACUGAGUGACGUCACAGGAGGGGUACUGGAGAUCACGAUUGAGGAGGAGAUUGAGGAGAUCGUCACCUAUGACGACGGUGACGGGACUGCUAGCGGCGGCGGCGGCGCCACCCCGACUGGCUCGGAGACGGACGGCGAGGGGGGCAGCAGGCGGACGUCGGUGGCCUCGCUGGCAUCCACCCUGCGCUCCAGCAGGAGCAGUCGCGACCACUCCGGUGACGAUCUGUCACUGCCGGGUCCGUCCAUUUCCUACUCUGACCUGACGUUCGGUGGCGGACAGUCGGUGCCGUUCCCAGAACUGGGCAGGAGCCUCACUGAAGUCUCUCCGCUGGACGAGGGAGAUGACGAUGAGUCGGGUGACGGCACCUCGUGGGAGGAGAACUGGCUGUUCCGGCGACGCCGGCUCACACAGGCUAACCGUCUGCUGGGAGAGGAGCCCGUACCGAUGCUGGUGCCGGACCCCAGUCAGCCCACCGCCGUCACUGUCGGGGCGCGAGAUGUGGACGAGCUGUCGGAGCUGUCGGAGCGCGGCUCGGAGUCGAGUCUGGACGACUGGACGGCCGGACCGCCCUCCCUGUCCGACGUCCCUCCGGUCACACACCAGGACGUUACCAGUCGACUGAAGGCGGCCAGGGAUGCUGAUCGGGACCGGUACCUGACCGCGGCGCGCAUCAACGCAACGCCGAGUAGUGGGUCGGGUCCCACCGAAUCUGCGGAGCGACCUACGGAGAAGCGGCGCUCGUCGACCGACGCCACAUCCCUGGCUGUCACCACCCGCGUUCAACCUGCCCCCGUCUCCUCUGUCCGUCCCACCGCCGGCGUCAGCACCCCAGAGUCUUCCCGGUCCCGUGCAAUGAGCUGGUCUUCAGUGCCCUCUGACGUGGACCAAGCGUUCAGCGCGGUGUCGGAGCGUCUGGCGGCUGGCUCACCUCCCCCAUCGAGCUCCAGUCCUGCCGCCGGGGCUGGUUUGGAGUCAACGCAGACGGACUCUGCGUCCUCCGCCGCGAAGAGCACGCUCUCCGCUGCAGAGAGGACUAGACAGGGCUCCUCCGAGAGGACGACACCCUCCGCACCCGAGAGGACAGUGUCCUCCGCGCCGUCCUCCGCUGUCGAGAGGACGGUGACGCGGUCGGAGGUCAUCCCUCCGCCGCUGGAGGUGACUCGAAGUCGGGAGGAGCCCUCGCGGACCGACAGUGUGCAGCAUCGUCUGGCCACCAGAACUGCGCCGGCUGGUGUGGGCACAGAGCUGAUGAUACAGGCCGGGAACAUCGCUCAGUUCCGAUGUCGAGUACCCGUCACCGAGGGGUCAGAGACACACUGGCUGCGGGAGGGAGCGGUGCUGGAGUCGGACGACCGUCACGAGAUGUACCGAGUUCGGGACCAGCACCACCUGCUGGUGUACGGCGUCACCAGGCGCGACGCCGGACGCUACUCGUGCCUGGUGCUGUCUGGUGACGGCGCCGAGACCUGGCACCACUUCACUCUCAGGGUUCUCGGCUCCGCCCGGCCACCCCAGCAGCCCCGGUUCUCCGUCGCCCCCGAGGCCACUCUUCAGCCGGUGGACGGGGCGGCCCUGAGACUGGCGGUACGGGUGGUGGGCCAGCCCGAGCCCAGGGUGACCUUCCUCAGAGAAGAGCGGCCACUGCGGCACUCGGACACCGUUCGGAUAGAGCGUCACAGUGGCGGCGAGUGGGUGCUGGUCGUCCAACCAAUCCGUCCGGCUGACUCUGGCCAGUACAGUGUCCGAGCCGACAGCAGCGCCGGCGCGGUCAGCCGACCGUUCCUGGUAGAGGUGCAGCCGCCGCCAGAGGUCCCCGCCGCGCCGCUGCCGCCGCCCAGCCCGCCGGCCGUCAGACACGCGGUUCGAGAGAGGACGACCCGUCCUGCCGCCUCUCCCAGUCCAGUGACAUCCCCUUCCACUCCGAUGACGUCACCACCCAGUUACGUCACAUCCCGAGACGAAGCUCUCAAGGAGACCAGUCUGACAGAGGCGUGCAACUCUGUGAUCCUACGGGCGCGGCCGGCGAGGGUCCGGUCUCCGGCGGACGGCGGGCGGGACUCGGAGUCAGACGGAGACGGGGACGGAGACGGAGAGAUCUGUCUGCCGCAGCCGCCGCCAGGCACCAUAGCGGAGCGGGAGCACCGUAAAUGGGAGAACGCCGUGGCCAUGCCCAACAACCCGUACACUCUGGAGCGGGUGAAACAGCGGCGGCGGAGCCGGCACCUUGACCGCACCGGCUACUACGCCACGUCGCACUACAGUUCUGGAGAGGAUGUCUCGGACCAUGACCUGGUUUCUACCGACCCUUCCAACAAGAUCGACUGCGGACUCAAGUCCAUCAACUCGGAGAGAUACCGGCGGGACUACUACAUCAACGCCAGCGCCCGGGGUCGCUGGUCGUCUGUCCCGUCCGCCAGCCGACGCCAGGGCGGCAGCGUCGCCGGCGGCGGCGUCUCGUCGCGGCCCGUGUCGGCGCUCUCAGAGGAGCCUCUGCCGCCGCUCUCCGUGCGCGGCUCCAACGACGACCUGCGCUCGGCGGGCGCCGGGUCGGUCUACCACUCCACCGAGUCUCUAGCUGUGACUGAGCGAGUCUCCAGCGUGUCUCCGUCCGCAGCGUCCGGCGGGGGACUCUCCGAACGACGGCCGUCCACCCGCUCCUCAGCUGCCUCUCCGGCGGUGGCGGAGGAAGAGAUGCCUCCCGAGGGGACCGUCCGCUCGGCUGUCCAGCGCAUGCAGCAGCUCAGUCGGUCGGCCGAGGAGCUGGCUGGUCAGAGACGCCGAUCGACUCCGCCCGCCGACGCCGUCGACGGGCGCAGCACCCUGUCGGUCUCGCCGUCGGUUCUGAUGACGACCACUCCUCCGCCGCCGCCGGUGGAGGAGGAACCGGACGCGGAGGAGCCGUGUGAACAGCAGGAGGCGGAGGAGGAGGUGCGCCGCUCACCCCUAUACGUCCAUGUGGAGGAGGAGGAGGCCCACGAACCACCGACCACCCAACCAACCGGGGAUGGUGGUCUGGAGCAGCGUCCCAGCCCGGACGGACGGGAGAGCCUGGCCUCCCCCGGCUCUGCGGAUCCGCCGCCUCAGCUGCCGUCCGUGAAGGAGCUGCGCAACCACUUCCAGGCCGGAGGAGCGCCGCCACAGCCGCAGAAACAGGUGUCACCGCUCUACAACGCCAGUGUGCUCAUCAUCGAAAAGGCCGACCAAGAGUCCGAGGCCUGGGACGAGCCCCGAGAGCUGCGGAAGGUUGAGAAGCUCAGGAGGAAGACCUCCGACCACAAGGUGCACAGUCUGACUGCUCGGAGCGUAUCCCGUGAGUUCCGCGAGGGCCUGAAACUCGGCGCUCCCAUCUCCCUCAACACAGGCAACAUCCGCGACCCAGGUCUACUGUCUGGCCGCCGUCCGGUCGCCGACUGCGGCAUCCAGGAGCGCCAGCAGGAAUCAGAGGAGGAGGGUGAGCUGGAAAUGGCCCCUGGCCUGCGGCUGGUCGCCUCCCGAGCCGCCUUCUGGGACCGAAAGGUCGCCCAGGAGCUGAGCUGAGCUGAGCUGGGGAGCUGAGCUGGAGAGCUGGGGAUGAGCUAGAUGAGCUGUGAAGACCGGUGGUGGAGGUUGGACCGUCACUAGAGGCGAUCGAGCGCGGCUGAGGCGAUGUGAUGAGACUGGUGGUGUCACAACCAGCCUGCAGUCGCCACCGAGGCAGUGACAAUGCCGACUCCCUCUGAGUAUAUACGCGGACGGAAUCAGUCGUGUCUGGGGUCUACCGUAGUGAGUAGACCGCAGCUCACCCCGUGAGUCGGACUGGAACUGCCCGAGAGUCGGACGGAUUUCAUGGGACUUCCUGAGACCGCCUACGGUCGCUUUAACUAGCCACCGCUCUUUGGAACUCCCUCCGCGCGUUACAGUGAUUCAGGGAUCAGGCUUCCGCUUUUGAACGACGCCCGGCAGUUUUGUAUCUGCGUGUGUCCCCCGGUGCCUUUGGUCUUGAGGAUCUCACUGUUCAGUGCUAGAAGUCGCGGUGUGAGCCUUGUUACCCUAUGCAAUAUCGGCGUCAUAUCUUUGACCGGCACUGAAGUACUGGUGUCUCUACUUAACAUGAUGUGUGUGAUCCGGUGAGGUUCCUUGUUGAGGAAGAUUCUUUAGUGAAUCGGUGUCAGAAUGGGCGCUGCUUUAUCGUGUCUUUUCUUUGUUGUGUCUUAUAUUUCUGCUGGAUAUGAUCGAUAUAUAAUAUCUGUAAAUAGGAAUUUAUGUUACUUCGCUGCGUAAAUUUGCCGGUGAUUUUGAUUUACAAUGUUUACAACUUGUGAAUAGCCACUGGACGAAAUAUAUUUUAAUAACUGACGAA